AUGUUCUGGUCGAACUCCAAGUCUCGCUCAACACAGCCAUCUAGCGCCGUGGUCCAAGCUGCCUGGGACACAAAAGCUGAUCUUUCGCCGUCCGUGGCAUUUGUUGAAAACUCGAGCGACCCAAGCCAAUACAAGCCAGCGCCAAUCACCACUGAAGAUAACGCUUUGCCUUUCAUUGAACCAGAGACAGUCGCGGAUGCGUGCCGCGACCGUCACCUAUGGGUCAUAAUAAACGACAUUAUCUACGACUGCACAGAGUUUGUGCACAACCAUCCUGGGGGCGCUCGUGUUAUCGAAUCUUUUAAAGGCAGCAAUUGCUCCUGGCAGUUCUGGAGAUUUCACAGUGAGAAGGAUCUGACCGGGUUUGGUAGACCGCUUCGCAUAGGGCGGACUAAAGGAAUCAAAAACAAGUUCAAGGAACCCCCUAGAUUUGUUGGACUUCGGAAGUUUUGGAACUCAGACAAUUAG